AGUUUUCAUCUGCGUGACCUUUAAACCCCGGAAACACCGCCGUGCUAGUUGCAGAGUUGUUGCUAGUUGUAAACUGCUCAAGUAACCUAAUCUUCUUUUAUAUCGUUGUAAGAUAAUCUGCUCUGACAUUAUGAAGACGCACUUUUAUAACGAUAGCUAUUAGUCGGACGUUGAUGGAGGGCAGUACUUUGAGACUACAUUACAGCAGUGGCUUGUUAGCUAACUAACAUUAGCUAACUAACAUUAGCCACCAAGCUGAGCAGGGACAUGUAGUUCAGCCAGCUGCUCCACGUACAGAAUCCCAGCUCCAGACCAGCCUGUUUGCACCUAUACUCCAGUCAUGAUGGGCUUUUUCCAAAGAACACCAAGCCUGAGGACGGCUCUGAGACAUCUGAGCCCUUACAGCACCUUCUCACCGGCGGCCCCCACACGGCGGCCCACUGGUGACCUCUGCAGUUUGUUUUGUCCCGCCGCCUCGCGGCAGUUUGGCGUCUGCUGUCGGAAGCUGCACUCCGGGGCCGACGCGUCCGAGCCGUCCCCUGCCGCCGCACCGAAGAGGCUGCCCUUCUCCACGAUAACUGGGGAAGAUUUAGCCUUCUUUGGGAAGGUCCUGCCAGGCAGAGCCAUCACUGACCCGGAUCUGCUGGAGUCCAGUAAUGUGGAUUGGCUCAAGUCAGUGAGAGGUUCCAGUGAAGUUUUAUUAAGACCUCAAACAACAGAGGAAGUUUCUCAGAUUCUCAAGUAUUGUAAUGGUCGUAAUCUGGCGGUAAACCCUCAAGGAGGAAACACUGGGCUAGUUGGCGGCGGCGUGCCCGUUUAUGACGAGGUCAUCCUCUCUACUGCCCUCAUGAACAGGAUCCUUACCUUUGACAGUAUCUCUGGCAUUCUGACCUGUCAGGCAGGUUGUGUCUUGGAGAACUUGUCCAUUUACCUUGAGGAGAGAGACUACAUCAUGCCACUUGAUCUGGGGGCAAAAGGCAGUUGCCACAUUGGGGGAAACGUGGCAACAAAUGCAGGUGGACUCCGGCUCCUGCGAUAUGGCUCCUUACACGGCACUGUGCUGGGUCUGGAGGUGGUGUUGGCAGAUGGGCGAGUACUGGAUUGCUUGGCCACACUGCGUAAAGAUAACACCGGAUAUGACCUCAAACAGCUCUUUAUAGGGUCAGAGGGCACACUGGGCGUCAUCACUGCAGUGUCCAUUCUUUGUCCACGACAACCUAAAUCUGUUAAUGUGGUUUUUCUGGGUUGUGAGACUUUUGAUCAACUCCUGAGGACAUUUCAGCUCUGCAGAGGCAUGCUGGGAGAAAUUUUGUCAGCCUUUGAAUUCCUGGACAGUGAAUGUAUGAGGCUGCUGAACACGCACCUCAAACUACCCAAUCCCAUCUCUGACUGUUCAUUCUACAUUGUGAUAGAAACAUCUGGAUCCAACGCAACACACGAUGCGGAGAAACUCCACAAUUUCCUAGAGGAAGCGAUGGCGUCGUCAUUGGUUACCGAUGGGACCAUUGCAACCGAAGACUCAAAAAUAAAGGCCCUCUGGUCGAUGCGAGAACGUGUCACCGAAGCACUGACUCACGAUGGCUUUACGUACAAGUACGACGUCUCUCUUCCGGUGGAGCGGAUCUAUCAGCUUGUGACCGACAUGAGGGAGCACCUGGGGCACCGGGCCAAGAGCGUGGUGGGAUACGGACACGUAGGGGACGGAAACCUCCACCUGAACAUCACCUCUCCUGCCAAGGACCCUGCUCUCCUCGCUGCCAUCGAGCCUUUUGUCUACCAGUGGACGGCCAGCUGUCAGGGCAGCAUCAGUGCUGAGCACGGCCUGGGGCUGAAGAAGAGGAACUACAUCUACUACAGCAAACCGACGCAGGCUGUAGCUCUGAUGGGUGAUAUCAAGGCCAUGCUGGACCCCAAAGGGAUCCUCAACCCGUACAAGACUCUACCAGAUAACCUGAAGUGAAGCGAUAGGUCUCAGCUGUGGGCUGAGUGAGGAGGGAUUCAGCUCCUGCAGGAGCCUUAUUGGAACACGUCUUUUUAUUUAAAGCAACUCAUGCCUGUCCCCAUGAAGCUUUCUCACUAGGUCAAUGCGAGAUAGGACGUUAAUGUCCAAAUAUAUAUUAUUAGUAUUAAGUGUUGUACAUUUUGAAGUUGUGCGGAUUAGUUAUCUACAUAUGAACUUGACUCUUGUUUAAAUAUAUACUUGAAAGAUUGCGUAAUCGAACAUCACCUUCAUGAUGGUCUGACUUAAUGCAGGACUGUUGUAUUACAUUAGUUUUGAGCUACGUGCAACUAAUAAAUCAGCCAUUGAGUUUCAUCUUUCCAAACACAUAACACAGGCUGGUUGUUCACAUAAGACUAAAAACAAUAUUUUUUUUCAAAAACUAAACUAAAUACCUGGAAAUGUUUUAACUGUUUGAUUUGAAUCUUCAAUAAAAUAGUUUACAAAUAACUUUUUUGUUUUUCAUGCAAGUAGAUGAGUAGUUAAUUACAUGCAGGCUUCAAUCUCCUCUACAGACAAAACGGGUACAGAAAUGUCCAUUUUCAAUUUUAACACACAUCCAUCAACUAAAAUUACAAUACCAUCUACUGUGGUAGCAUUGGAGGUGUGAUACAUUUACAAAAAUGUGUUGCCAAACAUUUCCCAAGGCACACGCAGAAAACAUUCUUUGCUACACUCAGUACGACUUUUUUUACUUUUUAUGGCCUGCAAUACUGUGAUAUUUCGCAUAACAUUCUUCACUAUGAAUUAUACACUAGAAUUGCUUUUCAGAAUGCGAAACAAUGACUUAUUUUUCCUGACUUUUCUCAACAUACAUUACUUUUCUUUAAAGAUCAACCAAUCCAAUGAUUUAAGACAAAUUAUACUAUUUUAUGACUUUUUAAAAUUAUAAACAUGGUAUACUAAUUUCCUUCCUUCAUAUUGAUGCUGUCAUGACUUUCCAGAUUGUCCUAUUUAAUGACAUUCUAUGAACUUUAGAUGUAUUAUUUCUGCAAUGUGUAUAUUAUGACUUUAUUUUAAUUGCUAUGACAUACUAUGCUAUAAUGUACCUUUUGAGCAAGCCACCAAACCCCAACUGCUCAGUUUCUUUGGCAACACAACUUCAGAUCCUGUUUGUGCGUCUAUUUUAGCCCAUGUGAUUAACUAGGGAGUCAAAGCUGGCUAA